ACAGGGGUCAAAAGACUUCACGAUGCAGAUCUGCCGGACUAGACCUUCAAGUGUCUGAGCGAGAUUGAUCCCAUCGUGGUGGCAAAGAUCCAUUGACACGGUGAGCACUUACCUGGCCCGGAUUGAUACGGUCAAUAUUGCACCCUAGUUUCUCGAUUCGUAGGCUCAAGGGUCGCAUAUAUGAAGGGCUCGGAAUGCCUUCUCGUCGAUGCUUCUUUUCCUCAUCCACAGAUUCUAUGAAUGCCAACUGAACAUACAGAACUCUCCCAAAAUCACAGUCUUGUACCUCUCACAAAGAGUUCAUCGUUCCAUCGAGUUUGGGUUGAAUCGCAACCCUUGCAUUGUUGAGCGACUACAGAGCAUUCCAUCUUUUAUCUCAUCGGUCUAUCAUAGAGACCGCGCUUCGUCUCCAAUCUUGAAACAACCAUGGUUCUAGGCAACGCAGGUGCAGACGCUGGGGGCUCUAGUCGCGAGUAUGGAAUCAAUUUCGAGGUCGCGCCUCCGACUGCUGUCUCCCCUGGGGUUUCCAUAUCAUUACCCGUGGUUGUUGUUGUGAGACCAGUAGGAGCUCCGAGAGCCCCUACACAGCAGCUAGUUGCGCAUAUAUCGCUCAGGAACGAAGCCGGGACUUCCCCUGCCCCAGGGCUUACGGGAGUUCUUACGUCCAGUGUGCGCAGCAGCAGUGGGAAUACGACCAGCGGUUAUGCGCGGUUCGGGCCUCUCAAGUUCACUCAGACUGGGAGGUUCAGGAUGCGGGUCAUGCUCGGAGCUGCCUCGUCCAAUGGUGUAUCUACGAGGGAGUAUGUUGAUUCUGGAAUUAUCACGGUACAAGCGGGUGCUGUACCUCCGCGUCCAACGCCUGCACAAGUCGUCAAGCUACAGAGCCUGAUGUCGGAGAACAUUGACAUCACGGCGGCAGACAUCGCAGCAUGGCAGGCUGCUUGAACAUGAACUCAGGAACUCCCCAUCUUACCGUUUGCUCCAUCGUGUUGAUCGCGAAUUUUCGAAAUGGAUUAUGAGUCAUGAGCUCUUUCUUCCUUUCCCGUUGGCACUAUUUCCAAAUCAAUUCAGCUGAGAGAAGCAGCUUGCUGUGACUGCCAGCAGUGUGGAGCUUUCUGUUGCAAAGUCUAUGAGAGGAUAUGCCCCGGGCAUGGCCCCAGAUACAAGAAGCC